CAGUCAUCAUUCAUUUUAUAGUUUACACCUGUGCUUUUCCUACUGUGACAUGUCAAAGUGUCUUCUGUGAAAAGGCCUAUACUAUCAAAUAAAGGACAUGGUAUCUAAAAUAUACAGUAGCUGGUGAAAAGUUUGCUCUCAUCACCACAAACACACACAACCAAACCAUAUAAUGCCAUCAUAAUUUAUACUUGUUCCAAAAUUAUUCAGUAUAAAAUAAAACUUUCACUUCCAGAGAUGCUCCUCAGCUCAUAUAUGAGCUGUGAAUCGGGUUGUCAUAAAACUGUAAACACCACAUCAGCCAACAGGGAGUGCCACUGAACCACAGGAUGUCUAUAAAACAGGAUCUCCUGAUAUUAGGACACAGCACUCAACACUGUAGAGGUUCAGAUUUAAUUUCUUAUUCAUGUAAAAGGAACCAGAUCCACCUGAUCUGAAAUCUGUAAUACCCGGCACAAUCUAAUAGGAUCAGAGCUGGAUAAGGCUGAGAGUGCUGACUGAGCAGGCGAUGCUGGUGUGUGCAUGUGUGUGUGUGUGUGUGUGCGUGUGUGCGCGUGUGUGUGUGUGUGUGUGUGUGCAAGCAGAGUAAAUCCUCUCCUGUUUCACAAAUGUUCAGGAAAAUGAUCCUGUCGCAGAUUUAAUAAAAGGGGUGUCAAUGUGGAUCCUCACAGGUUAACUGAGGGUUGUUCAAACUUCACUUGAACCUAUCUCAUCUCCCACUGGAGUGGACAAAUAAGAAGGAUGAGUGACUUUGCCUCUCCUUUUCUCAGCCAACUCUAAUCCACAAAUCCUUAUCAGGGUCACUGAGACUCUAUGACACAAUUAGUUAGACUCAAUGCUUAUAGGUGACACUUGUCUAGCUACAUUUGGAUAUUAUUUUAAUUAGCAUCUAAUGAUUAAUUCAAUAAAUCUGCUGCUGCUGUGAGUGGCCAGCUUCCAGAUCUUAAAAACAAUACAAGACGAUCAAAGGAAAAUGGACUUCACAUUACAAUAACAAGUGGAAAAGGGUAAACUGUAGAUCUGCUGCCAUGACAACUUUAACCACCCUUCCCCACCUCCCUGUGCCACCUCAUACUGCACCACAACUUGCCACAGACAGUGAAGAACUCAGCGAGGAUGAGCUAAGUGGGCUUCAAUCCAAUCCUCAUUGUCUGCUCAAUAUGAAUAACAACAAUAACAGUGAAGAGGAGAAAAAGAAAAAAAGGAAAAAGGAGAAGAAAGAGAAGAAGGAGAAGAAAGAAAAGAAGGCGAAGGAGGAGAAGGAAAAGGAAGAAAAGGAAGCAAAGGAAAAGGAAGAAAAGGAGGCAAAGGAAAAAGAGGCAAAGGAAAAGGAGAAGGAAAAAGAGAAGGAAAAGGAAAAGAACAAAGAUAAGCCCAAAGAAUUGUUUGUCAUUAAUCCUGCUGGGAGUUUGUAUUACAACUGGCUGUUCAUCAUCACACUACCAGUCAUGUACAACUGGACCAUGAUCAUAGCCAGGGCUUGCUUUGAGGAGCUACAGCAUAACUACAUCAUUUACUGGGUUAUUCUGGACUACACCUCAGACGUAAUCUACCUGGCUGAUAUGCUUUUCAGGACCAGAACAGGUUACCUUGAGCAAGGCUUGAUGGUGAAAGAUAAGAAGCUGCUAAUGGAUCGCUACAUUUCCAGCUUCCAGUUUCGUCUUGAUUUUAUCUCCAUGCUGCCCACUGAUGUCUUCUAUUUCUACUUCGGCCUCGACUACCCAGAGAUCCGCCUCAACAAGCUGCUGAGAAUUGGCCGCUUGAUGGAGUUCUUCACGAGGACAGAAACUAAAACCAAUUACCCUAACAUCUUCCGCAUUGCAAACUUGAUCAUGUAUAUCCUCAUUAUCAUCCACUGGAAUGCUUGUUUCUUCUUCUCUUUCUCCAAAUACAUUGGUUUUGGUGCUGACGACUGGGUUUACCCGGCUUUGGAUGAUCCUGACGAGCCUGCAUUUGGGGAGCCCAUGAGGAAGUAUGCGUUCAGCUUAUACUGGUCCACACUGACCCUGACUACCAUUGGAGAAACUCCACCACCAGCCCUGGACUCCGAAUUUCUCUUCCACGUGGUUGACUUUUUAGUUGGGGUCUUGGUCUUUGCCACCAUUGUAGGAAACAUAGCCACCAUGAUCUCCAAUAUGAAUGCUGCUCAAGCUCAGUUUCAGGCUCGGAUUGACAACAUCAAGCAGUACAUGCAGGUCCGAAAGGUCAGCAAGGAUCUCGAGUUGCGAGUCAUCAAGUGGUUUGACUAUCUGUGGAAUAACGGCAAGGCACAGGAUGAAAGAGAGGUGCUGAGGUAUCUUCCAGACAAGCUAAAGGCUGAGAUCGCAAUCCAAGUCCACAUGGAUACGCUGAAGAAAGUUCGGAUUUUUGCAGACUGUGAGGCAGGCCUGCUGAUCGAGCUGGUGCUCAAGCUGCGGCCACAGGUGUUCAGCCCCGGAGACUAUAUCUGCAAAAAGGGCGACAUUGGCCGUGAGAUGUACAUCAUCAAAGAUGGAAAACUUGCAGUUGUUGCUGAUGAUGGUGUCACACAGUUUGUUGUGCUGGGAAGCGGCAGCUAUUUUGGUGAGAUCAGUAUCCUUAAUAUUAAAGGCAGCAAAGCAGGCAACCGGCGAACAGCCAACAUCCGCAGCAUUGGAUACUCAGACCUCUUCUGCCUGUCCAAGGAUGACCUGAUGGAAUCACUGGUAGAGUAUCCAGAUGCCAAAGGCAUGCUAGAGGACAAAGGCCGGCAGAUCCUGAUGAAAGAUGGUCUGAUUGAUUUGGACCCAGCUAACAUCAUGCCUGAGGUCAAGGAGCUGGAGGAGAAGGUCGACAAAUUGUACAACACGAUGGAACUGAUGCAGACCAAGCUGAAGAAGAUUCUUGGAAAUUACAAGAACACUGACAAGGCUCUCAGACAUCGCAUAACAGAUCUGGAGCACCUAACAGGAGAGGAGGUAGAAGACGAGGAUGAGGAGGAAGAAGAGGUUAAAAAGGAAGAGAAAGAGGUUGAAGGGGAGAAAAAGGAAGAAGAGGGAAAAGGUGAGGAGACAAAAGAUGAGGAAGGAAAGGGUGAAGAGGCAAAAGAAGAGGAGAAAAAAGAUGAGGAAACUACAGAAGAAGAGAAGAAAUAAACCCAUAGUUUCUAUAAAACACCAAGCACUUUUCUGUUUAGCCACAAUAGAAUUGUUAUCACAAAGAAAUCUUUCUUACUGGACUUGCUUCUUAAAUGACUCACAGAUAAUUAAAAAUUGCAAAAGACAAAAAAUAAGAGACACUAGAAACUGGAUGAAAUACCUACUGGAACUUGUCUUAAAAAGGUAUGGCCAUUGUAUAUAUAUUAUUUAAAAAAGACAGUAAUUCAAUGGACAAAUACUGCCUAUGACAAUAUUGACAUUCAAUUAAAAUUAAAUAUUGGCUUCAGUUGUCCUA